CUCUCUCUUUCUCCAUGAGCGCUCUUGCUUCUCAUCCUUCUUUAUCACAAAUUCCUCUACAAGGCUAUGAAGAAACACCCUAAGCCGUGUAGUUUCCUCUUCCACAUCUCUCUACUCUCUGUGUUGUUCGUCUUUCUUCUUGUUUCUUUUGCAUUUACAACGUCGUACACGCGUAAAUCAGGCAUUGGUCUCAGUCAUAAGAGAAUUCUAGCAAGUAAUUUUGACUUUACACCGUUUAUCAAGAUCAAAGAUCGAACUCAACGUCAACUUCGAAGUCAAAACCUGGCCGGAGAAGAAACCGGUUCUUGGUAUAACGAUGAGGAACGGCUAGUACCUAGCGGUCCAAACCCUUUGCAUCACUAG